UCGCCCCCAUCUGGGAUCUGGGGCGUCUGAGUCCCGCGGGCUGCGUGGACUUUAUAAGCAGUUGCCCGCUGAGAUGCUGCUUGGGUUCCCGGGAUCGUCCCACCCAAUGGGGAUGAGUCCUGCCCGUGCACCAUCAGUGUCCGGGCAGAAGGACCUGACACAGGUUAGGAGCAGAAGUGAAACUGGGGAGAUGGGGAAUCCCCAGCCCUGGGCGUCCCCACCCCUGACCUCACCGCCUGGAGACUAAGACUUUGUCUGAACCCUGUGCUGUGGACAGAGCGCUGUUUGCCAUGGUGUCUCGGAGUUCUGACCCAGAAGUUGUCUGGACACCAGGAGAGACCCUCAGGCCAGACACUCUGUCCUCUCCUCUACCCUUUCUCUUCCUUCUUCUCUUCAGAAGUCAGACCCUGGAGUCUUCUUGAAGAAAAGCCACUUCCGGGAAUACAAUGGGGACACAAGCAGUUGAGGAUGCAGUGGAGAGAUGCUUCUCCUUAAAGCAGAAGCGCUGGCCUGCAAGCCCCACAGGGACCCCACAGAGACCAGGCUCUGUGUUCACCUGCAGUGGACGGCUCACACUGACAAGCCUGAGUGCAGGACUCUCAUCAAUCCCCCAAAGGCACAUGUGACCCAUCACCCCAGACAAGAAGGUGAUGUCACCCUGAGGUGCUCGGCCCUGGGCUUCUACCCUGCUGACAUCACCCUGACCUCGCAGUUGAAUGGGGAGGACCUGACCCAGUACAUGGAGCUUGUGGAAACCAGGCCUUCAGGGGAUGGAACCUUCCAGAAGUGGGCAUCUGUGGUGGUUCCUCUUGGGAAGGAGCAGAAUUGCACAUGCCAUGUGGAGCAUGAGGGUCUUCCUGAGCCCGUCACCCUGAGUUGGGGUAAGGAGGAUCCUCCUCCAUCCUCUGACUCUAACAUGGUGAUCAUUGCUGUUCUGGUUGUCCUUGGACCUGUGGCCAUCAUUGGAACUGUGGUGGCUUUUGUUAUGAAGAGGAGGAGAAACACAGUCUCAGAGAGUUUGAGUCCAUGA